AUGAUGGCAGGGGAUGAGGAGCCAGUGAAUCACCUGUAUGCCCAUGAUGGCCAGGAUGGCCAUGAAGCUCAAUCACUGAUAUCAGCCUCGUCCGAGGAGCGGGACUUGGCAUUCCUUCCAGGCUCUCCCCCGUCGCCGAUACCCACGCGCAAUGCGACAAGCAAGCACAACUCUUCAAUCUCUCGACCUGGGCCCGACGGACAGCGCCACACCCCCCGUACCAUGAAUCGAGUUCGAUUCGACCUGCCAGAAGAGCACGACAAAUCCAAUCGCACUUCGAUUGAGCGGUCUCCCAGCCCAGACGAAACACAAUGGAUGGACGCCGAGGACUUUGAACUUGGGAACAUGGACCCAGGAGCGCAUCACAGUGGCCAAUCUGUUCCUCUUCUCACAAACAUUGAAGCGCCUAGCGUGACACUUGCGACAUCGGAUGACUUCUUUCCUGAAGAGCAUCUCGAAGAGGCGCGACCACGGAGUGGAAUGAAGAUGGCGUUUAUGAACAUGGCCAACAGUAUUAUUGGAGCUGGAAUCAUUGGCCAACCUUAUGCGCUUCGCCAAGCAGGCAUGGCAAUGGGAAUCCUGCUUUUGACUGCUUUGACCAUCACAGUGGACUGGACCAUCCGCCUGAUUGUGGUCAACUCCAAGCUGAGUGGGGCGGAUUCAUUUCAGGCGACCAUGCAGUAUUGCUUUGGGAAAGGCGGGCUCAUUGCGAUAUCGAUUGCGCAGUGGGCAUUUGCAUUUGGCGGCAUGGUCGCAUUUUGCAUUAUCGUUGGCGACACCAUUCCGCAUGUUCUAGGAGCUUUGUUCCCAUCUCUGCGGGACAUGUCCUUUCUAUGGCUUCUCACAGACCGUCGGGCUGUCAUCAUCAUCUUUGUUGUGGGAGUUUCGUACCCAUUGUCCCUAUAUAGAGACAUCGCGAAGCUGGCGAAAGCAUCCGCCUUGGCCCUGGUUAGCAUGACGGUGAUUGUCGUCGCGGUUAUUACCCAAGGGGUUCGGGUUCCGUCUGAGUCCCGCGGAGAGAUUAAGAACCGUCUCAUAUUCAAUACAGGCUUCUUCCAAGCUGUGGGUGUGAUCUCUUUUGCAUUCGUUUGCCACCACAACAGCCUGUUGAUCUAUGGCUCGCUGAAACGACCUACACUCGACCGUUUUACUCGCGUCACACAUUACUCGACAGGUGUGUCCUUAGUGAUGUGUCUAGCAAUGGGCAUCGCAGGGUUCUUGUCCUUCGGGUCUAAGACACAGGGCAAUGUGUUGAACAACUUUCCAUCUGACAAUAUUGUUGUAAAUAUCGCACGAUUUUGUUUCGGUUUGAACAUGCUGACCACUCUACCACUCGAGGCUUUCGUCUGCCGCUCCGUCAUGACGACUUACUACUUUCCCGACGAACCGCAUAACCCCGCUCGCCACCUCAUAUUCACAACGGCGCUGGUUCUAACGUCAUUGGGCCUAUCGUUGAUAACCUGCGACUUGGGAAGUGUGUUUGAACUCAUUGGCGCAACCAGUGCUGCUGCUCUAGCCUACAUAUUCCCUCCUCUAUGCUGGAUCAAGCUGAGCAGUGCUACUCGGCGAGAGAAGAUCCCUGCGUAUCUAUGCGUUGCCUUUGGUGUGGUUGUCAUGAUUGUCAGCGUUGUGCAGGCGGUAGUCAAAAUUAUCCGAAAUGAUCCCGAGUCCCAUAGCUGCAAUGCAGCUUAG